AUGCACUCCCGUCUUCUCGUCUCUGGCCUUCCCAGGUCCCUGCCCCCCCUCUCGCGCUCGCCUGCCCCCCCGUGCCUUCCCUGCGUCGAGGGGCGGCAGCGCGCCGCUCCUCACUGCUCCCCCUUUCCUCCGACCACUGCUCCCUUGCAGACUCUCCACAUGGACGUGUGGGACCCGGCCCCCGUCAGUGGGACACACCAGGAGCGCUACUUCCUGCUGGUCCCUGACGACUACUCGCGCUACACCACAGUCUUCCCCUUGUGCAGCAAGGCGGACGUCAGCGGUGUUGAUCCCCUGGAUUCGCGCUACUCGCCGCCAGCUGCGCGAGUGAGUUUCACGCUUCCAGCCUCUUUGCAGCAGAAUGGGAUUGCUGAGCGUCGCAUUGGCUUGAUCAUGGAGCUCAACCUCUGGCCCCGUGUCUCUUUGCUAGAGACCUCGCCCACACUCCGUUGGACGGGGGAGGUUGGCGAUGCGUCGGCGUUUCGGGUCUGGGGCGUGCUCUCCCUUGUUCGCGAUACCACCGCGAGCAAGCUCUCUCCUUGCACUCUCCGCUGCGCUUUCUUGGGCUUCCCCACCGACGCCCCGUCGUGGCAGUUUUACCACCUUCGCUCGCGUCGCGUCUUCUCCUCCCAGGACGUCACCUUUGACGAGUCGGUCUGCUUUUACAGGCUCCACCCACACGCGUCCCACCCGCUGAGGGGGGUGACCCCGCUGCUGACGACACAGCGACCACUCGUCGCUCUCCACGCUUGGAGGCCCCUCAGUUUUCCGCCUCGGCCGUCUUCGCCGCCUCUGCAGCCUGUAGCUGUGGACAUUGGUGCUGCUGGGGGUGGGGGUGGUGACACUGGGGGCGAGGACGCAGGAGGGGUGCUGCGAGUCCUAGUGGUGGUGGGGCCGUGGGUGCUCCUACUGCAGGUCCCGGCAUUGGACAGCAGCAGCCGCCUAAUCGACUUGAGACGCCCUCACCGGAGCAACUUCGUGAGUGGGUCAUUCGACGAGGCCGCUCUGGUGCUGGAGCUGCUAGACGCUGGAGCUGCUAGUGCUGGAGGUACUACUGGAGGUGCUGCUGGUGCUGGUGCUGCUGGAGGUACUGGAGCUGCUGGUGCUGGAGGUGCUACUGGUGCUGGUACUGCUGGAGGUGCUGGUGCUGCUGGUGCUAGUGUUGGAGCUGCUGGUGCUGGAGGUACUGCUGGAGGUGCUACAGGUGCUAGAGCUGCUAGUGAUGGAGGUUCUGGAGGUACUACUGGAGGUUCUGCUUGUGCCGGAGGCACUGGAGCUAGUGGUGCUGGAGGUGCUGGAGCUGCUGGUCCCAGAGGUGCUAGUACGAGAGGUGCUAGAGUUUCCGGAGCUAGUGGUGCUGCUGGAGGUGCUGGAGCUGCUGGAGGUACUGGAGGUGCUGGAGCUGCUGGUCUUGGAGGUGCUCGUACUAGAGGUGCUGGAGCUGCCGGACCUAGUGCAGGAGGUCCUGCUGGUGUAGGAGGUGCUGCUGGUGCUGGAGGUGCUACUGGUGCUGGAGGUACUGCCGGAGCUGGAGGCACUGGAGACGCUGGAGGUGCUGCUGCUGCUGGUCCUGGGGGUGCUGGAGACGCUGCAGGUGCUAGUGCUCCUAGAGGCGCUGGAGGUACUGCCGGUGCUGGAGCUGCUAGUGGAGCUGGAGGCUCUGGUAAUGUGGGUGCUGCGCUGCGGCGACUGUUUUUCUUCCCACAGCCGCAGUCGUCCCUGCCACCGCCUGGCUCGGCACUUCGUCAUAUUCUUAGUCUUCCAUCCUCUACUGGUCUUCCUGUGCCUCUCCUGUGUCCUCCGCCUGACCAGUCACAGCUGCGGUUAUUGCCUGGUUCUCCACUGCCUGCUCCAUCUCCUUACCCUGCGCAGUCAGGCUCCCUAGCACAGCGUCGUGCGCCUACGUCUCGUCCUGCCUCCCCUGUUCGCGCUGUCUAUCGCACUCGUCGCCCUCGUCCUCUGCCUGUUCCAGGCACGCACACUAUGACACUGCAUCCUUCCUCAGUUCCACAGGGUGUUCCUCUACUGUCUCCUCUGACGUCCUCUCUUCCUGACGUUCCUGACCCUCCGUCCGACCUUGCUCGUGCUGCUAGUCCUACUGUCACUCGUCUCCUCGCUACUGUUGUCACUGACCCUUCCUUUGAGUCUACUGCUGCGUCUGCCUUAGUCGCUGAGCUUGUUGACUUUGCUGCCGCAUGUCGUCUCGACUACGUCGCGAGUCUUGUCACUGAGUCUGAGUCUGACUGUCCUCCGUUCGUCAGGGGUGAGUAUGCCCUUAACACGGACGUCCUUGAGGACAGGCAAUUUGAGCUUGAGUGUCUAGCGGUUGUUUUACCUCGUCUCGAAUCCAUGAUUGUUUGCCCUGAGAGAGACCCACAUGCACUAGACAUCCCGACCCCGCGCUCUUAUGCUGAGGCGAUCGCGGGUGAGUACUCCUCUCAGUGGCAAACAGCUAUGGACGCGGAGAUGGCUUCCUGGAAGUCCACAGGCACCUACGUCGACGAGGUUCCCCCUCCUGGGGCGAACAUAGUCGAUGACAUGUGGAUUUUAAGGGUGAAGCGGCCGCCGGGUUCUCCACCUGUCUUCAAGGCGCGCUACGUUGCUCGAGGCUUCAGUCAGCGAAAGGGGGUCAACUUCUUCCAGACCUUCUCCCCCACCCCGAAGAUGACCACUCUUCGGGUGUUGCUGCACGUUGCAGCACAACGUGACUACGAGCUUCACUCCCUCGACUUCUCAACAACUUUCUUGUAG